AUGCGCUCCCUUGUCACCCGUGAACUGUCGGAAGCUCCCGAAAACCUAGCACUGGGCUACUUUAUGCAUGUCUAUGCACCAACGGCCGCAUUCGAGUACUUAUCCGAAGUGUCCUCAAUAUAUCUAACCAAGGAGCCCCUCGGAGAUGCUCUUCUAGCCCCAUCACUCCUCCUCUUCUCACAAAACCUUCGCCUUCCGACUGUUCAGUCUCUUGCGCAAACGCAUUAUGCCAAGGCACUAAGAUCGACAAACUCGGCCCUUUCAAGUCCAGGCCUAGCAGAAGACAACGGUACCCUCCUGGCAGUGCUGCUUCUGAGUCUUUACGAGGCCUUGGACUUCCAAGGGCGGAAGGUCCCUUCGAAUUGGAAUGCCCACACCCAGGGGGCCUCUGAACUAUUACGACUCCGAGGCGAAGGACAGUUUGACAAUCCUCUUGGUCGUCAUCUCUUUCGACAUGCUUCCUCGAAUAUUCGGACACACUGCGCUCAACUUGGUGUCAAUACCCCUUCUGUCUUGGGCACGCUAGAGAAUGGCUAUCUUGAAAUGAUAUAUCCGAGUGAGCCAAGUCGCCGAUUUGGACAGGUUGUGGAUAGCAUUGCAAAUCUGCGGGCAAACAUUCAUAAACUCUCCCCCAUUGGACACUUACGGAAGGUUCUGGAGCUAGACUUAGAAUUGGAGGAUGUUUUGAACAGUCUUCGGAGAGAUGCACCCUUCGAAGUUAUCGACAUCACGGCCAUGCCAGGCCGCAUCUUCACAUACAAGAAUCAGAUCCAUCAAUACUUGUCACCGAGGAUCGCACGGAUGUGGAAUAUGCUACGAAUAGCUAGGCUGUUCCUCAUUCAGAUGGUCUAUCACGCAGUGGCCUUGAAACGCCCGCCAGAACAACUUACAAACGAAGAACACAUUCGAGUUCACAAACUCACGACGGUAAUUAGCACAAAAAUGAUAUCCGAGAUCCUGCAAAGCGUUCCGUCCGCGCUGGAACUCUCCCUCAACCCAAUGAUGUCGUCAAGGUCUCUUAUAUACCCCUUGUCUGGCAUUGCGGUGUUCGAGUUUGCAUCACCAGAUGCUACGGAAUAUGCCAUCGACAGACUGGCUUUUAUUGGGCGCCAAUAUGGGUUUGCACAGGCAGUUGACUCGACCAACAUGGUUUUACAAAAUCAUGAUUUCGAAAACUGGUAA